AGUUCCUAAAUUCCUCUAAAGAGGGCAAGAUAAAGAUUAACCUUGGAAAAUGUCACGCUUACGUCUAUUAACGUCAACGUCACCGCCAACCGCCUGAGUGUAAUCGCAUGGUGUAUGUGAUGAAUAAAAUAAUUGAAUACAUACAAUAAAAAGUUUUGUAAUUUCAUUUUGCUUGAUUUUAAAAACAAACUUUUAAACGAGUGUUCAGUAGUUGUAAUUGGAAUGGACAGGUUCAACUUGUUUAAAAACGUCUAUUGUCAAGAGGGAGGUGGAUUUCUACGUCGAGCAAAUGAAUUUGCCUUGCACGAAGUUUUCGACAGAUACGCAUCCAUCGAAAAAAAUGGCGAAAAAUUUAUGACUGCAGAAGAUUUUGUAAUAAAAUAUUUGACUCUUUUAGAUGAUAAAAACUAUAAUAAAGACACUGUGCGGUUGCUAGCAGCAAUUGUUGACACCAGUAAAGAUGGGCUUAUAUCUUAUUCGGAAUUCCAAGCAUUUGAGGGUCUGUUAUGUUUCCCCGACGCUUUGUAUAAAACAGCUUUUCAAUUAUUCGAUACUAACGGAAAUGGCAUGGUUAGUUUUGCUGAAUUCGUUGAGGUAAUGACGAAAACUGAACUUCACAAGAAAAUUCCUUUCAACAUGGAUUCACCGUUUGUGCAGUUGUAUUUUGGUAAAGAUAAGAGCCGUCUAGUCAGCUAUAAUGAGUUUUCUCAGUUCCUGCAUGAUUUUCACGAAGAAUAUGCUAUUGAAGGUUUUAGAAGGGCCGAUGUUAAAGGGACAGGUUUUAUUUCUGUUUUGGAUUUUCAGGAAAUUAUGACCAGUAUCAAGAGCCACUUAUUAACGCAACAAGUACAAUCCCAUCUAAUAGAGGCAGCAAAACAAUCUCAAGGUGGCAGCCGAGUAAGUUUUCCUUACUUUAUCGCUUUUAACUCUUUACUAAAUAAUAUGGAACUCGUAAAACGUAUUUAUUUGAAUGUCACCAAUGGCCAUAGAACACAAGAAGUCAGUAAAGAAGAAUUUAUGCAUUCAGCACAGGCUAUGUCUCAGAUGACACCACUAGAAGUUGAUAUAUUAUUUCAAUUAUGCGAUGUUCUCCAUCAAACGGGGAGAAUUGUAUACAAUGAUUUAUAUGCCAUUGCACCUGAACAGUACUUCAAACAAAUAACAAAUAGGCUAGCUGAAAUACAUGCUGUGAAUAGUCCCGAAGAUAGAGGAGUUCUUAUUCAGAUUCUAGAAAGUACCUACAGAUUUGCCUUAGGUUCAAUAGCAGGGGCUGUUGGCGCCACUGCAGUUUACCCCAUAGAUUUAGUAAAAACGCGUAUGCAGAACCAAAGAACAGGCUCCUUUAUUGGGGAGUUAAUGUAUAGAAACAGUUUUGAUUGUUUUAAAAAAGUUAUUAGACAUGAAGGCAUAUUUGGACUGUACAGAGGAUUAGUACCACAAUUGUUGGGAGUAGCACCUGAAAAAGCCAUUAAGUUAACAAUGAACGAUUUAGUUAGGGACAAACUUAUGGAUAAAAAUGGUAAUAUCCCAAUUUGGGGUGAAAUAUUAGCAGGAUGUUGUGCUGGUGGGUCUCAAGUAGUUUUCACAAAUCCAUUGGAAAUAGUAAAAAUUAGACUACAAGUCGCUGGUGAACUUGCAGGAGGAGCCAAGGUACGAGCAUGGACGGUAGUCAAAGACUUAGGUUUCCUAGGAUUGUACAAAGGUGCUAGGGCAUGCUUCCUUCGUGACAUACCUUUUAGUGGUAUUUAUUUCCCUGUUUAUGCUCACACUAAAGCUAAAUUCGCAGAUGAAAAUGGAUACAAUAGUCCUUUAACUCUAUUAUCGGCUGGUAUGGUGGCAGGUAUGCCAGCAGCGGCGUUAGUAACUCCAGCUGAUGUUAUUAAAACUCGACUGCAAGUUGUUGCCAGAAGUGGACAAACAACUUAUAAUGGAUUACUCGAUGCUGCAAAGAAAAUAUACAAAGAAGAAGGAUUUAGCGCAUUCUGGAAGGGAAGCAUGGCCCGUGUUAUGAGAUCCUCUCCACAAUUUGGUGUAACUUUAGUGACCUAUGAACUUCUUCAAAGAUAUCUAUACGUGGACUUUGGAGGAACGCGUCCGACUGGUUCCGAACUAAAACAAAUAUCAACAAUAGGUGAAACAAAGAAACCUGCCAAUCCAGAUCACAUUGGUGGUUAUUCCGUAUCACUUCCAAUAUUCUCAGGAAUAGAAACCAAAUUUGGACUGUGUUUACCCAAAUUUGGUGUACCUCAAUCGUAAAUUAUUAUUUUUAAUUAGUACUCAAAAUAGGUUUUGAAAAUAAUUUUUGUUGUUAACUAUGCUUCAGCUCUUUGAAUUCGCUUGUUUCGCAAGGAAAUUUUUAUCUAUCGAGUCUUUUAAAAAGUUCGAGAGUGCAUAAGCUGCAAUUGAUUCACUAGAUCUUUAUAUUCAAUUUCAUUGAACGCAUUCAAAUAAACCAAGUAAAAUAGGCAACAGUAUUCAUUAUCCAUUAUAACUAUAUUUUAGGGUUAAUCAUUUACCAAAAUUUAUUUAUUUGAACAAUAUGAGAUCAGAUUUAUAUUUAGCAUGACUAUCAACACAAGUUUCAGUUAGUAAAAAAUUUUUACAUGUUUUUAAUAAUAGGUUUAUCUUCGCAAUUUUUUUACUUUGGUGUAUUUAAAUUUGACUACUUAUUUUUUUAAUUUACAUUAUUAAUAUAUUACAUAAAGGAGUGAAUCAGGAGCAAAAUUGUGCAAACAUCUACUAGUAUUUCUUAAUUAUUUAUUGAUGUAGGAUUAACUCUAAAAUAACCAGGAAUUUUUAUAAGAUACCCACAUUGAUAUGAGUAAUUGAUAAUAUAUCUAUAGAAAGUAUGUCAAUAGUAUACACAUUAUAUAAUAUUAAGCAUCGACCCUAUUCUUAGUAUAUAAAAAUAUCUUGAUUUGCACUAAAACUUCAUGUCACUCACAGUAUUUCUUGCUUUUAAUCCCAGAAUAACAUUUAUUUAAUAUUAUUGAACAGUUCUAAAUUACGCCACUGAUAUAUCACUCUGAUAAUAGAAUUUAUUUUAUAUUAUAUCAAUAGAAUUGCAUUUAUUCUAUAUAUUUAUCAAUAUCUUCUUCAAUACUAAAAACUGUCGUUUUACACACGAUUCAAAAUAUUUACUAAUAACCUCUAUAUACCAUAUAAUUUUAACAUAAAGUUGCGAUCCAAUGAGAGAAAGUUGAAUUGAAGGCAGAGGUGAAGCCAAAGAUUUAUAUCUCUCACACUAUGUCAUCCAACAUUUGAACCGUGUCCCAUAUACUAUUUUUCCUUAUCUCCCAGCUGAAAUUAUGGUCUUCCUGCCUGCAGUUCGCUCCAGGUACAGUGAUUGUUACUACCUAUUAACGACCCAAGGGCAGAAAUUUGGAUACCCUGACUUGCGUGGUAAAGACUUCCUUUAAUAUGCAGUCGCAAAAUUCUUUGUUUCCAGAGAGUAAUCAGUUGAUAAAACCAUAUUUUUGGCUAGGAAUCAAGAAAACUAUUUUCAUUGUACAAAAAGUCUUGUAUUAUGAUAUAAAUGAAAAAAGUUGUUAUAGUUCUUCCAAAAUCCAAUUCAAAAGACGUAAAAACAUAUUCUUGAAAUGCAUUAUAACAAAUGCCAAUUUUUUAUCAGUUUUCUAGUGAAAUUAUAUCAGCUACAAGGUAAAGUUAUAUACUUGAACUUAUUUUAAUUAUUUUUUUUUCUCCAAAAUACUGAAUGACCAACUAAUAUAUUUUUCUGGUAAUAUUUACCUACUAUAUGUUCUUGUCAUUAUUAUGGUUAUAAAAGCAGUUAGCCGAAUUGUGCCAACAUUAUAUAUAAACUUUGCUCGGAAAUUCUGAAUAAAGGGGUGCAAACUAAAAUAAUGCAUAGUUGUGAUCUUAAAACCUCUCAGCAAGCUGCAUCACUGUGGGAACUAUGUGUGAUUCAUAUCAGUCGUACUUCUAUGAUAAAUAAUAAAGUCGAAAAUUGGAACGAUUUCUCCAGGGAAAAAAAUAUCUUCACCCACAAUUUUAAAUUUAUUUUUCACAUACUUUUUGAUAUACAAUUUUCACCCUUUGAAUUGACUGUUUAUCAACAAACAAAAAUUCCAUAAUUUAUAGUUCUUUUCUAGUAACGUCAAUUAAGUGCAAGAAUUUGUCUGAGUUAUGGGUAUUCUACAUGUUGAAGACAAGUAAAAUCAUUUUUCGAAUUUUUCAUUUUUUUGUGAACCCCAACCAUAUUGGUUAAGGAAAAUUUGAAAAUUUUUUGAGUUGCAUAGAGUUAUGUCAUAUAUAUGUUUUAUUCAUAAAUGGAUGGUGUUAUGCAAAAACGACUCAACCCACAAAAACCUGAUUUUCAGAUAAUGGGCUUUAAAGUCAACAAACUGUGGAAAAUCAUGAGCUCUAUAUCAAUAUACCAAUGUUAUGUUACCAUGAACGCAAUAUUUAAACUUAUUUUCUCAUGUGUUUUUCAAUAAAAAAUUUCAAGUGUUUCUGUAUAAAAAAAAUAAAAAUGUUGGAUGAAUGCUUUUUGCUUAAUAAGGAAAUUAAGGAAUGGAGGGUUAAAAAAAUAAGGUAACCCACAUUAUUAAUGAUGAAUCAUGUGUUUUAUUGAUAAAAAAAAUGCUGUACAAAAAAAUCAGUCUUUCAGAAAUAAUUAAACUUGUUUAAAAGAUAUUUAUCCUCAUCUUCAUCAAUGUCAAAGUCCACAUUUGAAACUCCAAAACCGUCAACAUCAUCUGAAAAUUCCCCCUGUUGAGCAGUUCUCAAGAAAUUAUAAAAAUAUUUUAAUUCUUGUGAUACUAGCUUCAAAAUUUCUUUGAGGUCUUUGAUCUUUUCUUUUGACAGUGGUUUACCCGUUGGCCAUAAGGAAUCCAACUGUAUAUCUUUAAACGACUUGUGUUGUCGACCUUUCUUCUUUUUUUCUAUAUUUAUUAUCUGCACGUUUCCUUCUGUUGUGUUAGUUUUCAUGUAGAGCUUGAAGGGCUCACUUUUCAAAAUUUUGAUCUCAUGGGUCUUCAGCCAACUCAUUUUAUCUUUGUUUGAAUAGAUUUUUCUGUUUGUAGUAUUUUCCAAUAAAUUGUGAAUUGAAACCAUUUCUUGUCUUUCUAUUUUGUUAACAACAAUUUUAUUUUUCCUCCUAUACUCCUUCAUAACAUUAAUGUAGUCUAGGUCUGUGUAUAGGCGCUGUUGGAUUUUUAAAGAGCGCUCAACAUCUCCAAACUCUGAAUCGUUAGGCAGAAAGCUGUGUCCCGAAAGCAAGAAUCUUAGAGUGAUGGAUUCAAGAGAAGGAUGGUUAUGCAAUGUGUGCAUCAUUAAUAGUGCUAGGUUUAUACUGCGGUUUUGACCACCGCAUGAAUCGGACCAUAGAAUCAAGUGCUUGACAGGUGGAUUGACAUGUUCUAUUAUAUAUUUUCUUAGACAAGAUCCCACCUCUUGGGUUCCUCUCCCAGCUUUUUCAAGCCAAAUAUUGAAGAUACCCUUUCCUGUGCUACCAAUGUGGAUGCCAAGGUUGUAGAAAUUUAAUUGCCGUUUAUAAUACACAAUACCAGUUGGCAGUUUAGGUACUGGAUGGGUUUUUUGCAGAUCAAAUGUUAAAGUUUCCAGUUCAGGGUUCUCUUUAGCAGAUUCAAGAUCUUUUUUCAUUUGAUCCCUCAAAGUCUCUGCUUUUUGAGUAUGGUUGGAAUGGUCUUCUCUUAGGGAAUCCGCCACCUCGCCUGUAAGGCCUUUAAUUUGUGCGUUGAACUUAUCACACUUCAAACAGGUGUCUUUUUUAAAUUUCUGGAAACGUAAAUUGAAAUUGGCAUAGAAAUGUUUUUUGUAGGUUGAAAAACUUACUGGAAGCUCAUUCUCUUUCAUCGUGUUCUCAUACAAGUUGUACAUUUUUUGUAAGUUCAGUUCAGCACCCAGAUAAUGUGAUUGUGUAUCACGUCUGCAGUAAUGAGAUAUGUACCUUGGAAAUGAUUUAAUAUAAUCUACAACUUUCUUCAUUUUAUUAUCAGGAAUUUUGUUUAAUCCUCCACUUUUUGAUCCCCUUAGGUCUUCUAUCAUAUCUUCUUCCCUUUUCUUCAAAGCUAUAUCAAUUGUCCUCUGAUUGAUUUUUAGUGUUUUCAGAAAUGUUGUUUUGCACAUCUCUUUGCAUUCCCAGUAGUAUUUACGGGUGUUCUUUCGUUUGGAGUUAACAUUUUUUGUAUAACAUCUUUUCUUUUUGAUUUCUUUAACACACAUGUUAAUCAUUGCGCAUCUCCCAGCAAAAGUUCCUAUUGACCAGAAUUGGGUGAAAAGUUUCUUUCGACUCUCUUUAUCAAUAGUUUCAGUGCAUUUCCUUUUACAAGCACAAUAAAAAUGUUCUUGGAACUGUUUUGGAGCAACAGUCCGUCCUUUAGAAUUAAUGUAUUCUUCAUUAAUAUUGCACUUUCUUUUUCUCUCAUCUCUUGAUUGAUUCUGAAAUUUUCUUUUCCGCCCACGUUUUUUUCUUCCUUUUGUUACUUCAGCAAUUAUUUCCUCAUUUCCUUCAUCAUUUGAGUUAUAGUCUGGUCUUCCAUCGGCUUCUUGAAGUAGCGUGCCCUCAUGAUUUGGCAUUUCGUCAUCAAUAGUUGUUGCGUCUGAUCCAGAGGGAAGUUAUUAACUACCAGAUUCAGAAAACAGUGGGACAAGGGAUUCUAUGUCUGAGUCUUCUUUAUACUGUGGCCAUUCAACCAGUUCAUCUUGUAAUCCUUCUUCUAUUAACAUGAACUCUCCAUCUUUUUCUGUUUCAUUAUGGUUGAGGGCUUUUUCUUCUUCUAUUCUAAAAUUUUCACAACCAUCGUCAAUAACUUUGUCCAUUUCGAUUUUCACGUCAUCACCGGCUCCAUUCUCCAAGACUUUAGUUUUGUUUUGUUUCUCGAGCGCCAGGUUGACUAAAACUUUUCCUCUUGACAGCAUCUGAAAGUAAAUAUAUAGAAAUAAUAAUGGGCUAAAAUAGUAGACAAUAUAAAAAAUUAAAAAUCCUCAAAUUUGACUUUUUUUGCCUGAGAUUCAUAUUGAAUAUUUAGCAAUAACCACUUAACUCACACAGCUAUCUGUUACAGAGCCUGUGUACUGCUGGUAUAAAUUUUAGCAAUAAUCAUUUAUUCCACAGGAUACAUCAAAUUAUUCCACAUUGUACAAUGUAAACAAAUUAGCAAUAAACAUUUAAGCCUCCAAGAUUAUCCUAUUUUUUUGUAUGAAAUACAUAUUGGUAAUUUAGCAGUAACCAUUCAACCCACGUGAUUAACUCAUAUAGACUACAUUCCACGCGUAUAAAAUUUAGCGAUAGGCAUUUAAACCACAUAAAUUAUUCCAUACACACAUCAUCGUAGAUGAAUCGACAAUCUUGGGGUUAAUCAUGAACAUUUCAACCUUAAACGUAAUUUUAACUUGAUAGUAAAUCCUGUGAAAAGACUGAUCAAAUCAAAAAAUCACCUUGAAAAAUAAUUGUUAGGUUUUGAAAAGUUCAUACAACUCAAAAAGUACAGUAAUCAAUUAUUUGUUGGCUUACCUUUAUUAACAAUAUUCAGACUCAGACGAUUAUUUUCACUUUGAAGUUGGUUCAAAAUCACUUGUAACAAUCACAACAACACAACAAACCCUCUCCCUUCUGCUUGAUUGAUUGGGCAGAUGAAUCGAGAACCAAUUCCUUUGAACUUUUCUUGUAAACGAUUCUAGAAAAAGAACAGAAUAAAUUCAUCGAUUCUACCGAUCGACUCUUGGAUCUCGUGUUUGCAACAAAUCCCCCCGUCUUCUUUUGAUAAUGGUGAUUUAGUUUAAUUUUUUUCUCAAUAUUUUAAAUUAUUACCUUAUAAAUUAUAAACAAUAAACGUUUAAUGUUUUCAGUAAAUAGUUCAAGAAUGAAAGAAUCGAUACAAUGAAUUCAUUUUGAGGAGUGGAUCGAAACUGAAUCUUUCACUUAAACGAAUCGUUUUGCCCGCCCCUAGUGGGUAUGUGGGUUGAUACAGUUGGUUGAGUGUUUGUUGCAAAAUAGCUUACAAACAUCAAACUGUUGGAUGAGUGUUUUGCAGCUUCACUCAGUGGUUGAAUGUUUUUUACUUAAUGGUAUAUUGAAGAUUCAAGGAAUGUGGGUUAAAAUGUUAUCUGUAUUAGUCCUUGAAACGCUGAUAGGGCUUAAAUCAUUUUUGCUUAAUGUAGAAAGCAACACAUUUUACCAUCAGAGUUGGAUAAUUCCUUUUUUUAUGUUUUGUGGGUUAACUCCUUUUUGCAUAAUACCAUCCAAAUAUGGUUUGCCAUAUAUUUGUGGAAAAAUUCUAUCGGAGUAGAUAGAUGAGUACCAGGCUAUCGAGGUAGUCAAUUUCAUGAUUUAUAACAAUUGAAGUUUGAUAUGAAAUUUUUUUGAUCCAAAUAUCUGUUUUGUUAGUAAGGUCAAAUUGCUUGUAGAAAUUAUCCACUUUAACUUAUAAGGAUCAUCAUAUGUCUCGUCAUUAUUCUUGAUGUAUCUCAAGACCUCUUGUUAUGUGACCGCUUUUUUUUCCAGAUAUCAAAUAUCGACUAUAAAAUUUUAUAGAGUGAAUUAGCCGCAUCCUGAGAACUUUAUUCAAUCAGUCUGUACAGUUAGUUCUGUCCACACUACUUACACCACCACUACAGCACUCACAAUUACACUGCCUGACGCGCGUUUCGAUAACCAAGUUAUCGUCUUCAGAGAUUGAUGGUAAACUGAUGAUUUUGAUUUUAAAUUGCUUUCUAACGUCUCCGAAAAUGAUAACUUUAUUAGAUAAUGUAAUUGUGAGGUUUGGUGUAGUGGUGGUAUAAAAUUUCAACUUUGUACAGUUAGUUAGUUUUUAUUUUUUAAGUUACUUUCAAAGCAAAAAACACUAAUUUUUGACAAUAAUAUAUUAGAAUAACCCACCUACGUUUACAUCUAGUCCCAGCAAAUAGAAAACAUCAAAAAGACAAUAUGAAAUUUCUUAGAAAUAAAUGUAGAUAACCAGGUUACAAUUUCACACCAUUUGAUUAUUUCUACUAUUAAAACUGAUGUAGUGUAGCAAUGCAUAGAAAAUAAUACGCUUUAAUGUAUAUAAAUAACUGGCAUGUAGUAGUAUUUUUUAUUUUCAGCUUCUUAUUAACGUGAUAUAAAAAGUGGAUUCAAAUGUAUGCAUAUAAAAUGCUGUAUGUGAGUAUGCAGAACAUACUCUAUGUAAUGUAUUGUUACCAAGCAUUGCAUCUAAUAACUGGAUAUCGUUUUUGAGAUUUCUAUUUUUCCCAGUGAUUGUACUCUACUAUUGUAGGGAUUUAUACACAUUUAUAUACCAAUUACCUUUCCAAUAUAUUUUUUUUUCAUUGAUUGCAUUAUAUGUUAAUUUCUAGUCAUAAAACAGCAAUUAUAUAAAAACUGUUUAUGACUAUUUUUUUAUUUGAAAUGUUCUUCCUGGUUUAUCAUUACUUAAAUUUUGAGACUAGUAAUCAUGAAAUUAGAGAUAAAUCUGUUAUUUAUUACAUAUUCUAUUCUUUAUUGUACUUUAUAUAAAGAUCGUAACAAUAGUACCAUUACUGGUCAAAUACCUUUAACUAUGAUUGCAAUGCAUUUGAAAUAUUAAUCAUAUUUUCUUUUAAAUUCUUACAAGAAAGCGAAACAAGCGAAUUUCAUUACUUAUGAAAAGAUUUUAUUGUACAUAGGAGUUAGGAUAGGCAUAUAUUUUUGUUCAUUUUACAAAAAAAUUUUAUUGGGUUCUCAGGAACUGUGAUAUUGAUCCAUUUUAAUUAUGCUAUAUUCCAUGUUGUUAUUUUUUGUAAACAUUAUCCCAACAAGCAUAUCUACGUGUCAAUUUUUAUUUUCUGCUGUAAUCAGCUGCAUUAAAUUUUAUCCUAUUCUACUCAAUAAAUUAUACAGAGUUUAAAA